GCAGCUCCUCCCUGUGCCAUGGCCCUGAUCUCACUCUGCAAAAGAGGAAACAGGAGCACGAGCACAGGGCUCACACUCGGCUGCUUAAUUGCAAGUUGGUGGCAGAAAGACCAAGGCGAAUCCCACUUGCACACAUCAUUUUCUCACUUCUAGCCGCCACAAGAGCCUUUUUUGGUUUUUAUUCUGCCUUCCUUUUAUCUUCUGUUAUCUCAAAUACUAUCUUAAGCUUGUUCACAACCUGCAAGUGCCUUAGGGGCAGAGCUGUCAGAUGGACUUUGCCGAGGGGGAGUUCCCAGUGCCUGGGCACGGCUCAAGUGUCCCCAGCCCGCCGUGAUUCUCUGCAUUGCUCCAGGUGGGGAAUGGCAGCAAUGGAUGCAAGCCCAAGGAGCAACGCAGCUGCAAAGCACAGCCUGGCCAAGGCUCUGUACGACAACAAGGCCGAGUGCUCGGACGAGCUGGCGUUCCGCCGAGGGGACAUCCUGACGGUGCUGGAGCAGCACGUGCCGGGCAGCCGGGGCUGGUGGCGCUGCUCCCUGCACGGCCGCCACGGCCUGGCCCCCGCCAACCGCCUGCAGCUGCUGCCGGCCCACGGCCACCAGCCCCCGGAGCCCCCGGAGCCGCCAGAGCCGCACGCCAUCUACCAGGUGCCCUCCCCGGCCAAGGCCGCGGCGCUCUCGGCCACCUACGAGAAGAUGGAGGGCUGGGUGCUGCCGCCGGCCGUCCCUGCCCAGGCCGUGUACCAGGUGCCGGCCCUGGCGGCGCAGCUGCUCAGCGAGAGGACCAAGAGCUCCACGCACCAGCACCUGUUUACCCUCCCGAGAGUCUGCCGGGCUUCAGCCCCAAACAUCAGGGGGGAGGUGUAUGAUGUCCCCUCCAUGCAGCACUGCAGGUCCCUGCUCCCACAGAGUGGUGCCACUCCCCCCAGCACACGGAAGGGCUCCGUGCUGGACAGAUCCACUGAGAGCUUCCAGGAGAAGCAGCUUUACAACAUCCCAUCCAAGCCAGAACAGGCAGGAGCUGGCAGCCAGAAGGACUCACCAGCAGGCAAUUUAUAUGAUGUCCCUCCCAAAAGAGAACUCGACGAUUCAGAAAAUAAAUCUCAGAAGAAGCGCUGGGGCCAUUACAACACUUUGCCCAAUCCCCGGAAAUCCGAAUGGAUUUACGAUAUUCCAGUAUCCCCUGAAAAUUCCGGAUUCAAAGCAAACCCUGCUGGCCAGUGUGUGCAGAAGCAGGUGCUGUAUGACAUUCCCCCCUCCAGGUACAAGGCAGCAGCCACAAGCACUGAAGCCAAGGUUGGAAAUGCACAGUUGUACGACAUCCCACCGACGCAGCGGAAAUUAACGCUUCCAGAAAUGCCCCUUUACGACGUUCCAUCCUCACGGGACGUGCUCCUCCUGCCACAGAACAGCAGCUCUGAGGUGCCCCCCGGUGUCCUGCCUGCCCAGGCUGGGAAUCAGAUCUCUGAGGAGAACGUUUAUGAUAUUCCCAAAGGUUUGCCCACUGCUGGGCACUCCAAGAAGGAGAUGGAAAACAACAGUGAUGGCUCUGGAGCCCAAGCACACGGUGCUUCUCCACAGCUCUCGAUGGAUGCCAGGUCAGAAAACGACAGUUUGUGUGUCUCUAGUGUGGACAGCAGAAGCAGCACUCUCUCCUCAUCCUCCAGCUCUUCUGCUGAGUCGUUUUCUACGCUGUCACCAUCACCAGAGCCUGUCCAAGAAGUCAAACUGGAGCUGGAAGCAGCCAUCGAAACCCUGACUCGGCUGCAGCACAGCGUGUCCAGCUCCAUUGCCAGCUUAAUGAUCUUUGUGAGCAGCAAGUGGAGAUUGCAGGAGCACCUGGAGAAAAGCCUGGAGGAGAUCCACAGAGCAGUGGACCACAUAAAGGUGUCAAUGGGAGAGUUCCUGGCCUUUGCUCAAGGCCUGAAGGGAAACGCCUCCAAGCUCACGGAUAACAACCUGCAGGCUAGAAUUAAAAAACAGCUGGAAAUCCUCAUCAACUCCUACAAAAUAUUGACAGAAACAAGGGAAGCUCUCAACAACUGCAGCUGGUCCCUGGAGGCUUUGGUGCUCAGGAAGCCCCAGAACAACCCUGACGACCUGGAUCGCUUCGUUAUGGUGGCCAGGACAAUUCCAGAUGAUAUCAAGAGGUUUGUGUCCAUCAUCAUCGCCAAUGGGAAGCUGCUCUUCAGGAAGAAUGAGAAGGAGCAAGAAAAGAAACAACCAAAAGUGAACCCAGAAUGCAAAAUGGCAAAGCAAAUCCCAGUGCCAAGAAGAGUAGAAAUUGAGUCACUCCAGAGAAAUGCUCCUGAGAAAUCCAGCCAAAGCCGGGUUCCUGUGGAGAAAUCAGAAGAAAAUUCCACCGAGGAUUGUGAUUAUGUCCAGUUACAGGCACAGAAAGUCAUUUCAGGUAAAGAAGUAGCAAAGAAGAGUACAGAGUCUAACCCAAAGGUUUUGCCAUGUGCAAAAAAGACUGAAAAUCCCAGCAGGCAGGAGGAGCCUGCCAGGAAAAUCCCCCUCCCCGAGCACUGCAGGCUGUGCUUCGCUGCCCUGCACAAAGCCAUCGGCGUGUUCACCACCAGCCUCAGCAACCAGCAGCCCCCCGAAAUCUUCAUCUCCCACAGCAAACUCAUCAUCAUGGUGGGCCAGAAGCUGGUGGAUUCUCUGUGCCAAGAAACCCAGGAGAGGGAAGCCAGGAGUGACAUCCUGCAGAGCAGCAGCCGCUUCUGCAGCCUCCUCAAGAACCUGGCCCUGGCCACCAAAAGUGCAGCCCUCAAAUAUCCCAACGCAGAGGCCACCAGGGAGCUGCGGGAGCAGACGGAGGCGCUGGCCAAGUACACGCAGCAGUUCAGAGCCAUGAUGGACUGAGACACCUGCCACUGGCCUCUGGGCACCAAUUCACACUCAGAAUUCCCACCAGGAAUUCCC